UUCGUGCUGCGGACCUGCAGUGCCCUAAGGACCACUGCAAGUCAUUCAUUCUUGAGCAUUCGUUCCUUUAUUAAUCUUUCCUCUCGUGUCAGAUUCUGCUAAUAUCCACCAAUACUUGGAUCUAUGUUUAGCCAACAGACAUGGCAGGCACUCUGCCACCCAUUUUCCCCGUCUCUGAGACCGAUCACAGUGGGUUUGUGGCCGUCGCAGCCUAUACUCUGCUCAGUCUGACUGUGGUUACGGUGUUUGCACGGCUCUUCACGCGAUGGUAUAUUGCCAAAGUGAUUCAGCCAGACGAUAUCCUUCUCGCAGGCGCAACGGGCCUGGCAUUUCUGCAGACCGUUUUUGUUCAGCUGGCAAUCGAUCAUGGCCUCGGUAAGAAGAUGAGCGUAGUCUCAAGCAGCGACUUGAGUUCAUUCGAUAAAUAUGCGUACACCAUGCAAAUCCUCCUUCUCGCCUCCGUUACGUGCAGCAAACUCUCCAUCGCGUUGCUUGCGCGAAGUUUGACGGUCGAUGGAUAUAUGUUGCGGGGAACUCAGGGCUUGAUGGCGAUAAUAGCAUUGUGGGCCAUGUCUUCGAUCCCAACGCUAGCUAUUCAAUGCUCCCUGCCUCGGCCAUGGGACCCCACCGGCCAGUGCCUCAACCGGGAAGCGUUGGCUGGUUACAUCGGUGCCGUGAAUAUCCUUACCGACGCAGCGCUAGUUCUCCUACCCUGCAUCGUGCUCCACAAAGUCCAAAUAAGCAGGUGGAAACGAUUUCGGAUCAUGGCCAUGCUUGCCACUCGCUUGCUGGUGUGUGUGGUGACCGGCGUCCAGAUUCACUACGUGAAUGUGGCAAUCAAUUCAUCUGAUCGAACAUGGGCGAGCAUCAAUUCGACGAUAUGGAACCAAAUAAUGAUGAACUUCAGCAUCAUCACCACUGCCAUCCCAUCUCUUGGUCGCCUCAUCGUCGAAAUGCAACCCAGUCUGAACGCGUUUGCUAUCACCGAGCGCCACGGCUUCUCGGGCGACAAGUACGCCAUCUCGUCGCUUUCCGGCCAUUUUUCACGCAAUCACGCAAUGAACGAUGAUCUAGGAACUCGCAGUUCUGUUCAUGGACCACUUCAGAGUUCGAAGGAUGGCUCGGAAAGUAUGCAGGAGCUAGUGGGUGACUCAAUCCAACAAAAUAUGAUUACAAAAACAGUCGAUUUCGAAAUCCACUAAGAUAGAUACCUAUAUAAGUAUAUAUAUAUUAUACGUAUUUUAAUUCU